GGGAGGCAGGCAGGCGGGCGCGGGGCUCGGGGACUGAGGCGGUAGAGGGAGGCGAGAGCCCGGCAGCCGCUUCGCACUGUGUUCGCUGCGCGGGCUUUUGGAGGGGCGGCCGUGGAGUCGGCCGAGGAGAAGCGGACACCGGCGGCGUUAGUGCUGGCGCCUGGGGGCGGGGGACUGGGGAAGCGAGAAGGGGGGUCGCUGCGGUGCUUCUCUCGCUGUCGCGCUUUCCUUGCCUUUCUCCCGGCUCGGUGGGCUCCUCCCGGCGUCUCCUUUGCCUCCGGGGCCCCGAUCCCCGCCCCCCGCGGUAUGUCUUGAUCCCGAGCGGCGGGUUUCAUGGGGCUCCUCAGGAUUAUGAUGCCGCCCAAGUUGCAGCUGCUGGCGGUGGUGGCCUUCGCAGUGGCAAUGCUCUUCUUGGAGAACCAGAUCCAGAAACUGGAGGAGUCCCGGUCGAAGCUAGAAAGGGCUAUUGCAAGACAUGAAGUUCGAGAGAUUGAGCAGCGACAUACGAUGGAUAGCCCUCGGCAAGAUGCAGCUUUAGAUGAGGAAGAAGACAUGGUGAUCAUUUAUAACAGAGUCCCCAAAACUGCAAGCACCUCUUUUACCAAUAUUGCCUAUGACCUAUGUGCAAAGAAUAAAUACCAUGUUCUUCACAUCAACACUACCAAAAAUAAUCCAGUAAUGUCACUGCAAGAUCAGGUGCGCUUUGUAAAGAAUAUAACUUCCUGGAAAGAGAUGAAACCAGGAUUUUAUCAUGGGCACAUUUCUUAUUUGGAUUUUGCAAAAUUUGGUGUGAAGAAGAAGCCAAUUUACAUUAAUGUCAUAAGGGAUCCUAUUGAGAGGCUAGUUUCUUACUAUUACUUUCUGAGAUUUGGAGAUGAUUAUAGACCAGGGUUAAGAAGACGAAAACAAGGGGACAAAAAGACCUUUGAUGAAUGUGUAGCUGAGGGCGGCUCAGACUGUGCUCCAGAGAAGCUUUGGCUUCAAAUCCCAUUCUUCUGUGGCCACAGCUCGGAAUGCUGGAAUGUAGGAAGCAGGUGGGCUAUGGAUCAAGCCAAAUAUAACCUAGUUAAUGAGUACUUUCUGGUGGGAGUUACUGAAGAGCUUGAAGAUUUUAUCAUGUUAUUGGAGGCAGCUUUGCCCCGGUUCUUCAGGGGUGCUACAGAGCUCUAUCGUACAGUAGGAAAGAAAUCUCAUCUUAGGAAAACCACAGAGAAGAAACUCCCUACUAAACAAACCAUUGCAAAACUACAGCAAUCUGACAUUUGGAAAAUGGAGAAUGAGUUCUAUGAGUUUGCACUAGAGCAGUUCCAAUUCAUCAGAGCCCAUGCUGUACGAGAAAAAGAUGGAGACCUCUACAUCCUUGCACAGAACUUUUUCUAUGAAAAGAUUUACCCUAAAUCGAACUGAGUACAAGGUGUGGCAGUUAGAUUCUUGAACUACAACUUUGACCCUGUCUUCACCUUAGUUCUCAGCUCCACAACUUGGAUUGCUGAUGGGUGUGUAAGAUAAUUUGUAUUGAACUGAGUUAGGAUACAGAUAGUGACGUCAAGGAAGUAGAUUCUGGCUGAUAUGUCAGUGGUCUAGGAAGUUUAAGUUUCAGCCUUUUUUUUUUUUUUUUUCUGGUUAAAUUUUGGUGGGAGUUAUAACCUCCUGCCUGGACAAAACCUACACAUCACCUAAAAUAAACACAUAGCAGGUCUAAUUGAAGGCUAAAUAAUGAAAUACAAUUUCAGAAAAAGUCCUGAUACUCUGUUUUUGAUAAAGCAUUUUUUUUUCAACUAACCAUGAAUGAAGAUGAAUCCAUUUGCUACUUCCACCUUCACCUGGAGGUUUGGGUUAUACACCUCUACUGGAUAGUGUUAUUAACUGUUUGGCAGUGUGUACUUUGUUUUUGUGAAUCACGUCCCAUGAAAUUUAUUGAAAUGUUUGGUCACGUUUGCUAAGACUGUAUCUGCUGUAGUUGGAACUGCCCAUAUUUAUGUAGGUCAUUUUAAUUUUCUUAAAAAAUGAUUAUUAGUGUUAAAAAUCAAUUUAAAUCAUUAUUAAUACUGUAAAAAGAAUCAAAGCAGUAUUUCUCAUUCCUGUCUCCCCAGUAUCUAAGACUGGGGAAACACUUCAAAGAAUAUUGACAUUGCCUGAAGUUUUGGUUAAGGCUUCCACACAUUAAUAUCAAAAAAGUAAGUUUAGUAUUUGUUUCUCCAUGGGUUAUUUGUAAAGGUGUAAACUGAGGUAUUGGCGAGUCCAUAUUAUAACUCCAUUUAGUGAGCUGUGGUAUGGGUAGGAUUUUCCUACUUCUUCUGUACUUUGACUUGUAGACUAUUUUUACUAAGGUGCUUUAUAAUGUGUUUUAAAGCAUUGCAUUUACAAAAAGAAAAAAAUGGAAAAUGCUGUAAAUAUUGCAUAUUUUAUGUAUUUGGACCAAAAGAUUAUAAGUAAUUAGACAAAAGUGGUUUUGCACCAAUUUUAUUAUGUCAAGUAAAACCAUCAGACCUACUCUUCUUGUAUUUCUCAUUUAACUUUACUGUUAAGACAUCACUGCAAUGAACUUCAAUAACCUUUCAAUUUUGAUACACAGUACAUUAUUCAUAAUUGGGGGCAGUAGUUAUAGUGGAAAGAGUACUGAAUGAGGAGUCAGAAAACUUGAUUUCUUGUCCUGGCUCUGCCACUUACCAGCUGUGUGAUCUUGGGCAAGUCACUUAAUCUCUCUCUGCCUCAGCUUCCUCAUCCUGCAGUGAGGAUGAUAAUACCUGUCCUACCUACCUCACAGGGGUGUUGUGAGGAUUAAAUGAGAUGGCAUGUGAAAGCACUUUGAAAACUGUAAGACGGUAUAUAAAUGUAAGGUAUUAUGGAAACAUCUUUAACAUAUAGUUUCAUACCAUUCGUUUUUUAACAAAGAAAGAGAAGAGUCCACCUAUAAGCUAGUUGAAAAAACAGUUAAUCUCUUGAUAUAAAUUUGUGUUUAAUAAA